AUGUCUCGAAGGCAUAGUGUUGUUGACGCAUAUGCUUGUGUCGAGGAAAAGAUUCGCGAUACAAUGCACCAAUUAUCUUCCCUUUGGGAUGAAGUUGAUAUGUCAGAUUCGAUGAGAUUGAGAAGGGUUGACACUGCGUUCAAGCACAUUACACAUCUUUGCGAUGAAAUGCUUGAGGGUGAAAUGGAGAUGGUGCGAAAUUUACGAGCAAGCAUUCGCGAAAAUUCAUUGAAAAUUGCAAAAAUGCGAACCGAACUAGAACUGGAAACAUUUCAAAAACCUGAGGAUAUUAAGGAUAACUCAAUUGCAUUGAUGAGACAUUUACAAAAAGAAGUCGAGAAUUUGGAAAUUGAGUUUAAUCGAAGACAUUCUGAGCAGAAAAUGCUUGUCGAGAAAAUUAAUAUGCUUAAAACCCGGCUGGAUUCGAGCUUCGAUUUUGAUGAUGAUAUACAUAUUCUUUUCCCAAUUGAACGACUCAAUUAUUAUGAGAGGGAAUAUAGUGAUAUGGAGGAAAUGCUCCGCAGCAGAUAUCACAAAGUCGAGCAGUUGCAAUCUGAAAUGAAACAAUGGAUGUCUUGGACAAAUGAUAUCAAGAAAAUUGUUGAAAGUGAUGACGAUCUUCGAUGCUUGCUCGAAAAUAAUAUAGAUGAUGAGGAUUUUGUAUUUUCUGAAAAAAUUGUCGAAUUACUACAAACAUACCAUGCAGAUCUUCUUCCCAUUUACACGCAUUGGUUAGAAGACAUUGAAUUCCGUUGGACAGAGAAAAGAGAAGAGUUAUUAGAUUUGUGGGAAAAGUGUAUGAUUCCCGAAGAACUGCGGUAUUACGAUGCCCAGUUCGAGCCAGGCCGACACACUGAAGAAACAUUGCAAAAAAUGGAAGCUGAAUGUGAUGUUCUCAAAAAGAAAUAUGAAUCGUCAAAACGCAUUUUUGAGUUGAUUAAUCGCUGGAAGACGGCUUGGAAUGAGAAAUUGAGCAUCGAUGAAAAAAGAAAAAUGCCUGACUAUUACAAAAAAGUCAAUGUAUUGCCUGAUAAUAAGAGAGAAAGGGAACUAUUGGCCAUAAUGCCACAAUUGGAGAAAGAAAUUAAAGCUGCGAAUAGGAAAUACGAAAACGAGCAUCCGGAUGACAAGAUUUUGAUUCAAGGAAAAGAUCCGAAUGAAUAUAUUAAUUAUAUUAAAGAAGAACAUAAAAGGGAGCAGAUGUUCGAAUUGAAAUUGAAAAAAGAAGAGAAGGAGAAAACGCGAAUGCAGUCCCCUCAGGCGACGCCGAGGUCUCAAAAGCGGACGAAACCUUAUUUCCGAACUCCAGCGUCGACUGCAAAAAUGGAGCCAGCUGCAAAGAGAUUGAAUUUUGACAAUCUUCCACAGUGUGUUUCGCCAUACACAUCAGAACCGCUCAGCUUCAUCACCCCAACCAGACAAGGACCGGCUGGCCCAAAGACUUCGUCGCCGAAGGAAGUAUCUUCCAGAACCCACACUCCAAUGUCUCGGCGCGCAAUUACUCCUUCUUCGACGUCUUCGUCGGCAAAAUCUCGACCACUUUCUCGUCGAAAUCUCUAA